ACCUGGAGGUCUGGAAGGGGAACCUGAUCGAACUCAGCCUCAUGAAUUUGCUUCCAGGUGCCUCGCGCACAUCCAGGACGACCGUCAAUACGUCAGGGCCAGCAUCAACCGACCCAGUAGCACUAUCAGAGUCUGCUCAUAGUUCCGACAAAAAGACAGAAGCCUGUCUGAUCAAACCCCAUGCCUUAUUAACUACCAACUCGAGAGCAAGGCAUGCGUUGUGAGUCAUUUCGGUACAGAACAAGAUGGUGACUGGGUCAAUCCCGCGUGGGAGCCCAUGCAUUUGCUACCAGCCAUCGGAAAGACAGAACACGACAAGAUUGGUAGAAGAGAAGAAGGGAAAAUAGGACGAUAAGCAAAAGAAAAGAAAAAGUCACUCUGUACCUCCCAACAGGCAGCUCCAUCCGCGAGAUCCAGGCCAUUAUCAAGCGGACAGCAAUGAAUGAAAUAUAUACAAGACUUGGUCAACUCGCCACGAAGCGAAAGCCAGACGGUCAGCUCAACGCCGUCGGGCAAGGGAUGACCAUAACAGAUGAAAUGCCGAGGUCGGCUGAUAGGUACGGAGGGAAUCAACAUAUAGCCAAGGGUAGAGGCAUAGAUCUAUACAGGGAUAUACGGAUCAUGAAACACCGACAGAGUAUACGAAACAAAACAAAAAAAAAAAAAAAAAAAAAAAAAAAAAAAAAAAAAAAAAA